AUGCAAAAAGUGCAAAGGCCGAAGGCCAAAUAAACCGAAGGCAAACCCGGGUUUGCUACAAAUCGUUGACCCAUAUUUCCUGGCAGGCUGAUUGGCUGGUAAUUGAAACAGAAAAUCUAAAAGAUUGUCAUUCUUCCUCGCGUUUUUGUUCGAAGGAUUUUGGAUGGCUCAAUUGAUGAGAGCACCAACAAUCUGCUUCAAUCCAAAACUAUUUCCUAAACACCCCAGAAACAGAAUGGCUUUGAAUGCCAACAACAUGACCUCUUCCUUAAACAACAAUACCAACAACAGGAAGCUUCCCAUAUUGCUCUUUGACAUCAUGGACACCAUUGUUCGUGACCCCUUUUACCAUGAUAUCCCCGCCUUCUUCAGAAUGUCUUUCAAGGAACUAAUAGAGUGCAAGCAUCCAACUGCAUGGAUUGAGUUCGAAAAUGGGGUGAUUAAUGAGGAGGAGCUAGCUGGAAAAUUCUUUAAAGACGGAAGGCCUUUUGAUUUGGAAGGCCUCAAAAAUUGUAUGAGAAGAGGAUAUUCCUACAUAGAUGGAAUUGAACAAUUGCUUCAAGCAUUAAAACAAAACAACUAUGAGAUGCAUGCUUUCACAAAUUACCCCAUCUGGUACAAAAUAAUUGAGGACAAGUUAAACAUUUCAAAUUAUUUAUCCUGGACAUUUUGCUCAUGCAUGUAUGUGAGUGCUAGUGUGGAUGUGCAUGUUCGUGAGAGGAAGUGCUUGUUGCUGGUGUCUGAUCUAAUUCUGGCUUGUGUUGAUUGUGUUACUUUUGUAUCUGUUAUGUUUUCUCAGCUUUAUACAUUAUUAUUACUUUCAAGUUGACUUUUACUGUUUCAUUUGCAUAAAUGCUCCGCAUGUUGUUUGUGGAUAUUUAAUGUUAGAAUGGGCUAUUGAAAACUCUUAAGCGUGGUUUUCCUUUUAGAUAUUCUCUAAUUCCUGUCCAAAUUAGAAUAUAACUUCCAUAUAGGAAGCUCAUAUCCUGUGAUUCAUGGAUCCCAAUAGAGAACGUCAAUUCUACAUAUAUUUUUAUUAGUUCCUAGUUCCUUAGUUUGUUGUCUCAUGUUUCACAUUAUAACCUCUAAAUAAUAAUGCAGAAGGAUGAUUUCCUCUCUCCUUUAAUCUCUCUCUCUUAAGUCAUGGUCAAAAGUAUAAGGCCAAUGGUGAAUGUAAUGUCUUUAUAAUGAUUAAUGUUGCUGAUUUGCUCUUGGAUUGUUUUUAAUUGAUCAGACCGAUGUGUACUGCUUUAUGAAAGUACUAAGUAAAAGAGUCUACAGCUAGUUGAUAUUUCAACCAAAAAGACAAUUGGUGCUUAGUAUUUUCUAAUUUGUUUAAUGCUAAUUUGUCCCAUUUAUUUUUCUAAACCUGACUUCGGCACAUUUUCAUUCCACUGUCUCACUGGAUAUGACCCUUCCUAAUCUUUUGGAGUUGAGAAGGUAUUUAUAUGAUUGCAUCUGAAAAUGAACUGCAUACUCAGAGAGCACCUAAAUGGACUUAUGAACAUCAAAUUCCCAAUUUUUUGUUGGUUACACUAUUGUGAUUCUGUUUACCUUGUUGAACAUGAAAUAACAAUUAAUGGUGGCUGCUGCAUUUUAUUUGUGCUAUUAAAUAUCAAUCCAAAAUAUCACUCUUUUUGGUUGUUACAUGUCUGCUAAUUGGUCAACUCCUAGUGUUUAGUCUAUUAUU